AUGAUUACUCUCCGUAACGAUCAAAUACACUUAAUGCUAAUCUUCAAAAAUUUCACUAUCAACAAAGAAGAACCGAGAAGUUAUUUAAUCAGUAAAAUACAUGCUGCACAAAAAUUUUUUAUGAUUGCAGUUCUUGAAUGGAGAAAGCAUUAUGUUCCUUCACUGAUUACAAUCAGUGAUGCUCAUGCUUACUCGCAUUUGAGUUCCACAUUGAAAGAUUUUCCGGAAAUUCUCAUGGAGCAGAAGAAAUUUGCAUCCAAUGGGAUUAUUGAGAAAUGGCUUAAAAAUCCCCUUACAAAUUUGGAAUGGAUUAAGGAGCCUCAGUGCAAACCUAACUUGGCUGACCUACGUAGACCUCCUUUAUCUUCAGAGUUGGCUCUUUAUAUACCCGUACAGUAUGAGAGAUUAUAUGUACCAUGUGCUGAUUUUUUAGGAUGGAAAGUAAAAAAAUUGCUGGCAUUAAAAAAAUACGCUAAAAAAAAAACAAACCUAGAGUCUUUUCUUGAGAAAUCACUUGAAAAACAAAUCAUGACACACGGAGUCUUGUUUAAAGCCGGUAAAUUUUUACUAGUUUUGCUGUUUUUUCCUGAGCGCAUAAAUCACAUUCACCUUUUGGAAUACUUGCAUAUCAAAAUGCCCGUAUACUUUACAUUUUCCCGAAUAUCGCACAAACCCUUUAUACCAAGCUUGAGGCAACUUUAUAAUCUUCUUAUGAUUAAUGUCUACGUUUCUAAAAAAGAAGGACUGGUUUAUAUUUUGCUUUUUGAUGCCAACUUUGUAAAAACUUUGUCCGCUGUUGAGCUUCCUUGGGAAAAAAGAAGUGAAUUUUUAUCAACACAGUAUUCAGAUGAACAAGCACGAACUGAGUUUUUUACUGAGGCUUCUAAUGAAACCAAUGUUUCUUCGACUCUUGAAAUGCAUCCUGAAAAGGAAAACUCUGAUUCGUCAAAGUCAAUACAAAAUAAAUCUGUCAGUAACUUGACAAGUUCUGGACUGGUGACCGAGUCGGUCGCAACGACUGUCUCUCCAGCAACAAUGAAGGGGGAACAUUUAAAAAGGAAUACAUCAUUUUCUACCGAAAGGCAUGAAGUUAUGCUUACAAGCAAAUCAUCAAAUUAG